UCACUCUCAUAAAUAAACCUUUUGUCUAUGCUGUUGACAAUUCAACGCAGAAAAGCACGGAAAGCCUUAAUACUUAUGGCAAAACUGCAUUUGAUACUUAUUAUAGUUCAAUUUUACCAAUUUUAGCUCUAAUUCUUUUGGGUAACAAAAAAAAUUGGCUUAACAGUUUGUUCGACGAUAUAAUUAUAUUUCUGUCAAUUAUAAUUCCAUCUAUCGUACGCUUAUUUAUGACAACUCAUAAAUAUUAUGCAACUUUCGCAAUAGUAUGCGUAUUUGCUGGAAUAAUUGUUUUACCUUUAUUCUAUAUUUGUAAAAAUGUAGAUUAUGGAGAUAUGGGCUUUCUAAAUAGCUUAGCCUCAAAAAAAAAAUUCAAACCUAGGAUAUACGUAUUGCUUUGUAUCUUUUUUCCUUGUCUCUUGCUUAUUUGUUCAAUACUGCCAAAUGAGGCCAACGUUUUAAAUGAAUCAUUUCAAAGUACUAACAUGACAGCAGCUUUAGAUUUCUCUUCUGAAAUUGUUUCUAUUGUUUGCGGUACUGAGCAAGAUCUUUCUAUAUGUAAAAUAUCAUAUCGGAUCUCUAUUAUUUCUGGUUAUAUCUGUUGUUUGAUUGCAGUUGUAGACUUUGUUACUAGUAAGAUGAAGAAUUCACAAGAAAUUAGAAAGAUUAUUGAGGAGCUUAAGAAGCUUAAGGAACUUGAUGAGUUUGAUGACAUAAGAAAAAUUAAUAAAAUUUUUCAUGAAGUGCAAUAUUUUGAGUUAAUGGAUCGUCAAAAAGUUAUUUUGAUUAUUAGCAAAGAUUUAUCGGUAAUCAAGAGUCUUGUAAAAAAUAUUAAAGAAUACAUUGAAGGGAAGAUUGAUAAUAAGAAAGAACCCGAUAAUGAAUCUGAAGGGAAGAUUGAUAAUAAGAAAGAACCCGAUAAUGAAUCUAAAGGGAAGAUUGAUAAUAAGAAAGAACCCGAUAAUGAAUCUGAAAAAAACACAAUUAUACUUAUAACAAAGUACCUUGAUGAAAAUUUAGAACAUUAUGAAAAUAAGGAUAUAUUAUCAAAUGAAAGUAAAGAAAUGAUUGAUAAAACCAAAGAAACUUUGUUAGAGGCUCGCAAACUUUUGCACGCUGUCAAAAGAGUAAUUAAAUCUAAAAAGCAACAAACAUCGCCAGUAUAA